GCCGAGCCGAGGGAGUCCUGCGGGAGUCCUGCGGGAGUCCUGGGCAUCCUCGCCGGCCUUCGCGCCUCGCCGCGCUGCCCCUCGAGUUCGAGUCCUGGCUGGCCCGCCCGCCUGCCCGCCACGCUGUCUCGCGGCCCCGAUGAAAACCCCGCGGCCAAAAGCGGCUUUCCCGUCGUCGUGGUGGUGGUGACGCCGUCGUGAUGCGACCCGGGCCGACGACGCCGACGUCCGAGGCCGCGCCAGCCGCGCCGCGCCGCGAGUGUGGUCCGUGUGGUCGUCGCUGAGCAUGCCUGGAUUUUGAACCGCGCCGACCCGGACGAGGAGACAAGAGGCCGUCAUGGACCGUCGCCUGAGCGGUGGCGGCGACCGCGGCGACCCGAGGGACGCCAGCAGCUCGAGCAGGACGCCGAUGGCCUGGCGCCACCGAGACCAGCUGUACCAGCAGCAGCAGGGCUACCAUGGCGAGCAGCUCUACUCCGCCCCCCGUUCGGGGCGCUCCAGCGUCGGGCAGCCCUCGCGGCCGCCCCGCACCGUGUCCCCGCCAGACACGCCGGACACCAGCAACUCGAGCAGCUUGUCCUCCGAGUCGCACGUCCCCGGCCUGCCCGGCAUGCAGCACUCGCCCCAGCACGCCUACGCCGCGUACGGCGGGUACGGCGGGGGCGGGUACGGCGGGCCGCCCCCGCCCAUGGCCGCGCACGCCAUGCCCAUGCCCGGCUGGGACGGCGAGCCGUCAUGA